AAAAAUGGAAAGAUAAAUUUGAUAAAUUUACAUUAGAUGAUGCAAAUAUUAUUCAGAAGUGUGAUCAUUUAGUCUUAUGGAUAUAUAACAAAAUAAUUGGUUGUGGUUCAGAUAAUUAUUGUAUUAGUUGGUAUUAUGGCUUACUGGAAAAGUUUUGGUUUGAAUCUGUGUGCUGCAACCAAGAAGUUAAGGAUAAAGAUAAAAAAAUAUGCAAAAAUAAAAUAAAAAAAAAAUUUAAUUUUGGAUGUAUUAAAGAAAAAAGAGAUUCAUAUGAUUUUUUUGAAUAUUAUGAACAUGUAAAUGAUAUAUUAUCUCCGGGUGAUCAAAUUAAAGGGAAAUAUUGUGAAUAUAUUAAGUAUAUUUUAAAAUUAUAUCAUGAAUACGAAAAAGAAUUGGGUCUUUACAAAAAAACUAUUGAUAAGGAUAAUACGUUAUCUCUUUUAAAGGAAAACUGUAAUAUUGAUGAUUCUUCCAUAAAAGCCCCACAAAGCUUUGACAACUUAAACUCAUUACGAGGAAACCAUGAAAAAAAAUUGACGAAACAUGCUGUACCACCUUCUUAUGGAAAAUAUAAUCAAACAAUAAAAAAUGAAUAUAAAAUUAUAAUUAAAGAAUUACCAUCUUUUAAAAUAUAUGAUGUAUUAAGCAAAGAUGCUUCUGGUAGUGAAUAUGAAUGUAACAAUUUUGGUAAUUUAAAGGAUGAUAAGGAUCAGAUAAAAGAUAUUUGUAAAAAAAUGAAAAGGAAUAUAAAAACUUUACAAAUAAAUUCAGAAAUGAAUAGCUUAAGUCAUAGGGAUCGUUGUACAUAUUUAAAUUUUUGGAUAUAUGGCGAAAUAAAAAAUAUUGAAUUUAAUAAGGAUUUAAUUAAAGAUGAUUUUAAUAAAAAUUAUAAAUUAAAUAAUCAAACUUAUAGUACACCCGAGUCUGUUAAAUAUAAUCCAUGUUUUUUUAAUUAUGAUUGCACAUUUUCUGAAUGUAGAGAAAUGAAACAUCUAUUUGAAUAUUUUAAAAAUUAUAAUGAAAUUAUAAAAAAAAUUGAUUGUAAUGAAAGGCAGCAAGAUAAAUAUUAUAAUUACCUUAAAUAUAUGAGUUAUAUAUACAAUAAGCACAAAUAUGAGGAAGAAUGCUGUUCCUGGGGUGCGACUCUGUGUUCAGAUUAUUUUUUGGAAUGUGACGAAUAUUACGACCCACGUAAACUCAUAUCUGCAAUAGAAUCGCAUGACCAAGAAGAAUGUAAAAAAAUAAAAAAUUCACCUAUAGCUAAUAAAUCUGAAGAAACAUAUAAUAUUAAUCCCAAAGAAGAAAAUAACAUGUUUAUAAAAUAUUUUACAUGUUCAUAUGUUACUGAUUCUAUUCUUAAAGAGAAACGCUUAAGUUGCCAGCAACCAAAUUUCAGCGCACACUUAAACGACAAAUUAUCUGCUAGAAGAAAUGUAAUUAAACGACAAAAUAAUACGUCAGGAUUAGAUGGUAAAAAAAUAACCAUCAAUGGAAAAACAAUAAAUGUUCUUUUAAUAUCUGACCCAGACGCAAAAAUAACAGGAGAAGAUAGUGCAGGAAAUUCUAAGCCUGAUUAUCUGUACACGCUAUUUCCAGAAAUCAUGGGUACUGCACGUAAAUCUUAUGUCAAAGAAGCAGCAGAAGCUUGUAAAAACGGGGAAAUAAAGGAAGAAAUGAAAGAAUACUGUAGAAAGUCAGAAAGAUAUAAGAAAAUAAUAAAUUUAUCAAAUUCCCAACCUAAAAAAGUAACACUAGAAAAGGAUAUAGAAAAUUGGGAGGAUAUUGUUAUACCUACUGAUCCACUUUUCAUAAAUGAAUUAUUACAAAAUUCAGAACAAAAUAACAAAAUAAUAAAUUCACUAAAUUCCCAAUCUGCAAAACCAACAGAAGUACGUGAUAUAGAAAAUUUGGAGGAUAAUGUUAUACCUGCUGAUACAUCGUUCCCAAAUGACAUAUUACAAAAACUUCCUUUUCGUAUUGGCGUCGUGUGUCUUGCAACAUUGGGUACAAUAAUCGUGUUUUUCAUGUAUUAUAAGGUAU